GUAUUAUUAGUGCAAGGAUUGUUGAAAUUGGUGGAUGAUGGUUGGAAGGUUGAUGCGGGCUCAUUCAAACCCGGGUAUACUAAAGUAUUGGAGAAAUAUAUUCACGACAAGUUUCCAAAUUGCACAAUAAAAGCUAAUCCGCAUAUUGAAUAAAGAGUGAAACGUCUUAAAACAAAAUAUUCUGCAAUUAGAGGCAUGUUGGGUCCAAGUGCUAGUGGCUUCAGAUGGGAUGAUACUCGAAAGAUGAUUGUAGUAGAGAAGGAGAUUUAUAGUCAAUGGUGUAAGUCUCACCCAACUGCAAUUGGUUUGUAUGGAAAACCAUUUCCACACUUUAAUGCCUUGGAUAUUGCAUUUGGAAAAGAUAAAGCAUAUGGUACUAUUGCAAAAGAUACAACUGAUAUGUCUGCUCAAAUGGAGAAGGAAUAUUUUUCAUCGACACAAAGGGACGAGUCAGAAAUUAAUUUGAAUGAGAAUGAAGAGAAUUUUGAGACACAAGUACCAGAAACACCCCUUCUAACAAUGCUACUCAGAUAA